CGGCUGCGGGGCAGGGGCCCUGGAUCGCCGGUGUGAGCGGGCCCGGCUGCUGGGCCAGGCUGGGGCGCAUGGGCCUCCUCCGAGGCGGGGCCGCGUGCGCUCGGGCCAUGGCGCGCCUGGGCGCGCUGCGCUCGCACUACUGCGCGCUGCUGCUGGCCGCGGCGCUGGCGGUGUGCGCCUUUUACUACCUGGGCUCGGGCCGGGAGACCUUCUCCAGCGCCACCAAGAGGCUGAAGGAGGCCCGCGCCGGGGUCGCCGCGCCUACGCUGCCCCCGCUGGACCUGGCCCGGGGCUCCGCGGUGCCGGCCUCGGGCGCCAAGGCCAAGAGCCUGGAGAGCGGCGCGGCUGUGCCGGUUGACUACCACCUGCUGAUGAUGUUCACCAAGGCGGAGCACAACGCGGCGCUGCAGGCCAAGGCCCGGGUGGCGCUGCGCUCGCUGCUGCGCCUCGCCAAGUUCGAGGCGCACGAGGUGCUUAACCUCCACUUCGUGAGUGAGGAGGCCAGCCGCGAGGUGGCCAAGGCCCUGCUGCGGGAGCUCCUGCCGCCCGCCGCCGGCUUCAAGUGCAAGGUCAUCUUCCAUGACGUUGCUGUGCUGACAGACAAGCUCUUCCCCGUCGUGGAGGCCAUGCAGAAGCACUUCAGUGCUGGCUCGGGGACCUACUACAGUGACUCCAUCUUCUUCCUCUCUGUCGCCAUGCACCAAAUCAUGCCCAAAGAGAUCCUACGGAUCAUUCAGCUGGACCUUGACCUGAAGUACAAGACCAACAUCCGAGAGCUGUUCGAGGAGUUUGACAACUUCCUGCCAGGUGCUGUUAUCGGCAUUGCCCGAGAGAUGCAGCCAGUGUACAGGCACACAUUCUGGCAGUUCCGCCAUGAGAACCCCAAGACCAGAGUUGGGGACCCUCCACCUGAGGGCCUUCCUGGCUUCAACAGUGGAGUCAUGCUGCUGAACCUGGAGGCCAUGCGCCAGUCUCCACUCUACAGCCAUCUGCUGGAGCCUGCAUGGGUACAGCAGCUUGCAGACAAGUACCAUUUCCGGGGCCACCUUGGGGACCAGGACUUCUUCACCAUGAUCGGCAUGGAGCACCCCGAGCUCUUCCAUGUGCUGGACUGCACCUGGAACCGGCAGUUGUGCACCUGGUGGAGGGACCAUGGCUACAGCGAUGUCUUCCAGGCAUACUUUCACUGUGAGGGCCACGUCAAGAUCUACCACGGGAACUGCAACACCCCUAUCCCGGAGGACUAGGCAUCUGCUUGUCCACUCUGCUCCUGGGGCUCCCGGGCCUGGGGAAGGAUGCUCUUGGGAUCCAGGUGCUGCAGGCCUCCCAGCUGGCCAGUCCCAUCCAGUGGCCAUCCAAAGAAGUUUAACUGAGCCCUGCUGGAGCUCAGGCUGUUUCCCUUUAGGGCAACCUGAAGGACAGGCAGAUGUCUUCCAGUAGGUGGUUGAAGAUACAGAAGGACAGAUUCUCUUGUCUACAUGGACUCAAACCCCUUUCAAAGAGCUGGCUUUUGCUAGACCAAAUAAGUGUUUACCUUAGACUGACAGGCUUCUGUUUGUGAGGACCGAGCUGUGCUGCUGUAGCCCCGGUGGGCCCUGAGUGAGUGAGUCAGAACUCUAACAAGCAGCCUCCAAAGGAAUGCCACAAUCCCAUGUCCUUUCUCAGGAGGCUUUGCUCCUCCUUCCCAGAUGUCCAUGUUGCUUGGUGCAGACUUCAAGUGCAGCAUCUCUUUAGGUGAAGCUGCUUGGGCCAGCUAAGGGACACAGAAUAACCCCAAUUGUAGCAUUCACAGCUCUUAUCUCCCGGAUGUAUCCCGGAGCCCAUUCCCUGUCCAUCCCCUGUUCCGGUGACCUGACUGUACUAAGGAAUCAAAUCUGCCAUCAAAGAACAGAGGUUGGCCAUGCUGAGGCAUGCACUAGAAUUGCCUGAACAAGGGAGAUUUCCUCCAGGGAGCAGCCUAACAGUUCACUAAUGCAAGUGGGUAGGCUUGCAGAAGGCUGGUCUGUGGGCUCACUGUGGUCUCUGGCGUGGAACACAGAUAGGCCCAUACUUUCCUGUGGCGCCAUGCCAGACCCUCCCCCUUCCCAGAAGAGUGCACCGUUUCUGUAUUUGUGCUUAUGAAGGCUCUGUAAGUCAGCUGCCCACAUGAAGCCACCACAGGCCAUGCCCAUGUCCAGCUCAUGUCCUCAGACAAGGAAUGUGAGGGUCUCAUAUUUUCUUUCAGUUCCCUUGACUUUUAAAUUUUCUUUCACUCCAAGUGAGAAAAUAGCUAAUAACUGAUCUUUGAGAACACUUGUUCAUGUUGUUUGUCCUCUGAUCAGCGUUUCCAGGGCCUGGGGCUCUGAAUGAAGACUGGAAUCAAUAUCAACCAGAGGGCCUAAAAGGACCAUCAGGAAGGAAAGAAG